AUGGGGUGGGCGCACGAGGCGGUGGCCAUGGCGGAGGUGCUCGGCCUGGUGCCGAGCUUCGUGGACAUCCUCGUCCUCGCCGGCGGCCGCACCUCCUCCGGCGCCCCCGCGAGCUGGCGCUCCGGCGACGUCCAGAAGGCCCUCCGGUGGGCGCUCUUCUUCGAGGAGGUAUUCAGGAACCUGCGAGAAUCCGGACGGUACGAGGACUCCGCGAGGGAGUUCGACGCGGCGCUGGCGGAGCUCACUUCAAACCGAAAUUUUCCCCAGGGCCUCGCCGAUGUUCGAUCGGAUACGCUCUCGGUGGCGAGGGAGUUGGUUAUAAAGCAUUUUCUGAAAGCCGAGACGACGAGCGUCGAGAACCUGUGCGCUGUUUUUGAAGCCGUUGUGGAGAUGGACAUCGAGGGCAUCGGUGGCAGCGGCGAGCGUGAUACGUGCCGAGAGUAUGUGGAGUCGAUCCUGGAUAUGGAUUUGUCUACUUUGGCGCGGACCAAGAGUGGCGGUGAUGCCGGGGUUCCCGCCACUAGUUCUGAUAAGCUGUAUUCAGAAUCCUUGUUCAUGGGUCAUUCAAGAGUUCUAGUUAACGAGCUUCUGGAACGGCUAGAUUCAGCGUCGUGUAUUUCUCUAGCUGAGAGAGGACUGGGCACACUUCUGGGCAGCGUUAAAAGGAACGACUUCGAUGAUGCAGAGAGCAUGUCAAGUGCACUGGCGAUUCCUAAAGAAUCUCAAAUGGUCAAUGAGUUCCUUAUGUGGAAGAAGUGGAGAGGGAAGUGUUUGUCAUACUUGCUUGAUGAACGCACCAUUCGGAUAGUCUCUGGAUCUAAUUUUAUGUUUAGUGCUCCAAAGGAGCAGUGGAUUAAAGUGUUUGAACCAUUACUAGUUUCUGUAGAUUCUUCUCAAAGUGGCCUUGUUGAAGUCAUGGAGAUAUGCUUGCUGGGGUUGGUUUCAAGGAGAUGGGACCCAUUGAUACAGAGCUUCGUCUCGCAUGCUUUUAGUUCCCUUCCUAUAUCCAAGCAGUAUGCUGAUCUGCACCAGUUGCUUCAGGGACCUUAUCAGGAUAAAUGCCUAGACAAGAUUCUUAAUUUGAAGGAAAAUGACAUUCUUGAGUAUGCAAGGCAGUCAUUAAAAACUAAACCACACAUAUUAUGGCUUCUACCUCCAGUUCUUACCGCUGCAGCAAUUCCGCCAAGGUCGACCUUGUUUGAGAUAUACCUUGCUGAAAUAGAUAAGCAAUUUGAUGAAGCUGCUUCCACAGAUCGAAGAUGUAAUUGCAGGAGAGAUGGAAUAGAGCAGCAUGAUAACUGUGAUAUUGCCGAAAGGAUCCAAUGUCUCUACAUAUUCCAUGUUCAACACCCCAUCUGACGGUUCACUAGUGGCAGUAGUUCAAGAUAAUGCUGGAGAUUUGCAAUGUGCACUUCAAUUCCAA